AUGUUUGAUGCUGGGAUGGCAAUCAGGAACGCGGACAUGUCGGCAGACAUGCAGCAGAGGUCGUUGGACUGCGCUCGCGACGCUAUGACGCGAUUCACCGCGACAAAAGAGAUUGCCGCCUACAUUAAGAAGGAAUUCGAUUCCAUCUAUGGUCCAGUAUGGCAUUGUGUUGUUGGUCGUCAG